AUGGCCGACUCGGACGCCCCAGUGACGCUGCGCACGCGCAAAUUCAUUCGCAACCCUCUGCUGGGCCGCAAGCAGAUGGUCGUCGACAUCCUCCACCCCAGCCGUGCAAACAUCUCCAAGGAUGAGCUCCGCGACAAGCUCGCCACCCUUUACAAGGCCAACAAGGACCAGGUCAGCGUUUUCGGCCUGCGGACACAAUUCGGUGGCGGCAAGACUACCGGCUUCGCCCUUGUCUACGAUUCCCCCGAGGCGAUGAAGAAGUUCGAGCCCCACUUCAGAUUGGUCCGCGUUGGACUGGCCACCAAGGUCGAGCGGGCAAGCAGACAGCAGCGCAAGCAGCGCAAGAACCGACAGAAGACCCUCCGGGGAACGGCAAAGGUCAAGGGUGCAAAGGCGAAGAAGGAGAAAUAA